AGAAAGAGUGUGCAAUGAAUGGUGACACUCGGGCCGCCGUGGUGACCUCACCACCCCCAACCACAGCCCCUCACAAGGAGCGGUACUUCGACAGGGUGGAUGAGAACAAUCCAGAGUAUUUGCGAGAGAGGAACAUGGCACCGGACCUUCGCCAGGACUUCAAUAUGAUGGAGCAGAAGAAGAGGGUGUCCAUGAUCCUGCAGAGUCCUGCUUUCUGUGAAGAGUUGGAAUCGAUGAUACAGGAACAAUUUAAGAAGGGGAAGAACCCCACAGGCCUGUUGGCACUACAGCAAAUUGCAGAUUUCAUGACCGCGAACGUACCGAACGUCUAUCCCGCAGCUCCACAAGGGGGGAUGGCGGCCUUGAACAUGAGUCUUGGUAUGGUGACCCCUGUGAAUGACCUGAGAGGAUCUGAUUCAAUCGCCUAUGACAAAGGGGAGAAAUUAUUGCGGUGUAAGUUGGCAGCAUUUUACCGGCUGGCAGAUCUCUUUGGAUGGUCUCAGCUUAUCUACAAUCAUAUCACAACCAGAGUGAGCUCCGAGCAGGAACAUUUCCUCAUUGUUCCCUUUGGACUUCUCUAUAGUGAAGUGACUGCAUCCAGUUUGGUUAAAAUCAAUAUACAAGGAGAUGUAGUAGAUCGUGGAAGUACUAAUCUGGGCGUAAAUCAGGCUGGCUUUGUGUUACAUUCUGCCAUUUAUGCUGCGCGACCGGAUGUGAAGUGUGUGGUGCACAUCCACACACCAGCAGGGGCCGCGGUCUCUGCGAUGAAAUGUGGCCUCUUGCCAAUCUCCCCGGAGGCACUUUCCCUUGGAGAAGUGGCUUACCAUGAUUAUCAUGGGAUUCUGGUUGAGGAGGAGGAAAAAGUAUUAAUUCAGAAAAAUUUGGGGCCUAAAAGCAAGGUUCUUAUUCUCCGGAAUCACGGGCUCGUGUCGGUCGGAGGGAGCGUUGAGGAGGCCUUCUACUAUAUCCAUAACCUGGUGGUUGCGUGUGAGAUCCAGGUUCGAACUCUGGCCAGUGCAGGAGGGCCGGACAACUUAGUCCUCCUGGAUCCUGACAAGUACAAAGCCAAAUCCCGUUCCCCGGGGUCCCCGGCUGGGGAGGGCACCAGCUCACCUCCCAAGUGGCAGAUUGGCGAGCAGGAGUUUGAAGCCCUCAUGCGGAUGCUCGAUAAUCUGGGUUACAGAACUGGCUACCCUUACCGAUACCCUGCUCUGAGAGAGAAAUCUAAAAAACACAGCGAUGUGGAGGCUCCUGCCAAUGUCACAGGUUACUCCUUCGCUGGUGACGGGGACCCGGGCACUUGCUCCCCUCUCAGACACAGUGUUCAGAAGCAGCAGCGGGAGAAGACAAGAUGGCUGAGCUCUGGCCGGGGUGACGAUGCUUCUGAGGAGGGGCAGAAUGGAAGCAGCCCCAAGUCGAAGACUAAGGUGUGGACGAACGUUACACACGAUCGCGUGAAACCCUUGCUGCAGUCUCUCUCGUCCGGUGUCUGCGUGCCAAGCUGUAUUACCAACUGCUUGUGGACUAAAGAGGAUGGACAUAGAACCUCCACCUCUGCUGUCCCUAACCUGUUUGUUCCAUUGAACACUAACCCAAAAGAGGUCCAGGAGAUGAGGAACAAGAUCCGGGAGCAGAACUUACAGGACAUUAAGACGGCUGGCCCCCAGUCCCAGGUUUUGUGUGGUGUAAUGAUGGACAGGAGCCUCGUCCAGGGGGAGCUGGUGACAGCCUCCAAGGCCAUCAUUGAGAAGGAGUACCAGCCCCAUGUCAUUGUGAGCACCACAGGCCCCAACCCCUUCAACACGCUCACCGACAGAGAGCUGGAGGAGUACCGCCGGGAGGUGGAGCGGAAGCAGAAGGGCCCCGAAGAGAAUCUGGACGAGACCAGAGAACAGAAAGAAAAGAGUCCUCCAGAGCCCCCUGCUGCCCCCCACACCCCCCCCAGCACCCCUGUCAAGCUUGAGGAAGACCUGCUGCAGGAGCCCACCUCCGGAGAGGACAGUGAUGCUGCCACCUUUAAGCCGACUCUCCCCGACCUGUCCCCUGAUGAGCCUUCAGAAGCGCUCGGCUUCCCCACACUGGAGGAGGAGGAGGAGGAGGAGGAGGAGGAGGGGGAGGAGGGGCUCGGUGAAGCCCACGAGCCUCCCAGCCCCGCCAGGUCCCCUGUGGCGGCCAGCCCCGAGCCAGCCUCCGCCCAGGUGCUGGAAGAGGCCACCUCCCCAGCUGCCGAGGAGGGGGCUGCCGUGGACCCUGGCAGCGAUGGGUCUCCGGGCAAGUCCCCUUCCAAGAAGAAGAAGAAAUUCCGCACCCCCUCCUUUCUGAAGAAGAGCAAGAAGAGGAGUGACUCCUGA